AUGGUAGGGAAGAUGACAUAUCUUCUACCCUUUUGCCUUGUCCUGAUAGCGGUCAUCGUCGAAGUCAGAUCUGUUGUCGUGGUCGGCAGCAAUUCAGGCGGAGGCGAUGAUGCAGUGUCCGUGGCAAUCUGCCCGACUGGAACAGUUGGUGUGGAAUGCUCAUGCACUCCUGCCGGCCAAUGCGAUGGGUCCUACUUCACUGAUGAUGUUACGUGCAAAGCAUUCCAUCGUUACGGAUACAGUAGCGGACAUAGCAAUGCCCACGCAACAUGCUUGCCGCUGCUGGUCCGUAAGACAUCGACUGCGUACAGUGCCGGUCCACACGAAUCUUGCGAUGCCGAAUACACGUUGAUGAGCUGUCAGGUCUACUCACCCUGGGCACAGAAUACCCCAAGUCAUAUGACACCCAUCAGCUCUGGAAGGGACUGCUCCGCUUCAUCAGGAUGCACGAACUGUAAAGUCCAGGCGGUUUGCGUCUAUUCUGUGUAAUGUUAAUUUGAAAUAAAUAUUAGCUGA